CCUCGAAAGACUCUUCGUCCUAAUAGCAACCAAAGACAUGGCUUCCGCCUGUGUUAAAAACGCUGGUGUUUCUCCAGCGGGGUACUCUUUGUACGGACGAAUGUCUUUGAGGCGAGAAGAAAGACGCUCUGAACCAGUGGUAAAUUUUGAGUUUUGUCCCGAAGAUCCGGUCACAAUGCUCUCCGCUGCCGACGAGCUCUUCUCCGACGGAAAGCUCUUACCUCUGAAGUUCUCCGGUCCAGAGAUGAGGCAGCCGCCGCCGCAGCAGACUUCCACUGCUGCUCCUGAACUGCCCGAGGUUCACCGGAGGCUAGAGAUGGAGAUCUCAGACCUCUUCUCCCCGAAAGCUCCACGUUGCACGACCAGAUGGCGAGAGAUUUUAGGCCUCAAGAAGCUUGCUAACGCCAAGUCACAUGAAUCUUCUUCCUCCAAAACGUCGUCGUUUAAGCAACUUCUUCAACGUGGAUCUAAAUCCUCAGAUGCUACUCCUUUGUUGUUGGUGAAGGAAUCAGAUAUCUCAUCUUCACGUCUCUCUCUAUCAUCCUCCUCCUCUUCCUCUGGCCACGAGAUCGAUGAGCUUCUUCCAAGACUCUCCCUAGACAAGCCCACUCCGAAUCCAUUUGCUCCCUCUCGGACCAACAGAUUAGUCUCCAACCAAAGGCGUCCCUCUAAUAUUCCGACCUCAGUGGACGUGACAGCAGAUAGUCCGAGGCUUAACGCAUCUGGUAAAAUAGUGUUUCACGGACUUGAAAGAAGCUCGAGCAGUCCAGGUAGCUUCACCGGCGGGCCGAGGCUGAAGCAGCACCAUGGAAUGCCGAGAUCCUACUCUGCUAAUGUCAGAGUCGCGCCUGUUCUCAAUGUUCCCGUUUCUUCACUCAAAUCAGGCCUUUUCUUAGGCCACAUGUUCUCUUCUUCGUCUCCUGGGAACAACAACAAGUCGAUGUUACAGAGUAACGGUAAAAACCGGGCUAAUCGAACCAGGCUUGAACCGAAAUGCGAGCUGAAUAAGUAAAACCGGUGAGGGGAGGGGGGGGGAUCUUAUGAUUUUUGUUUUUAACGGUGUUGUAGUGUAAACUGAUGUUUUAUUUGAGGGCAGAAGAUGUAAUUACAGUUUAACUAAUAUCUUUCUCUGGUUAUCAUCGUAUCGCAUUAGUCACGUUCUAACUUCUGUAAUCUCAUUGAAUGAGUUUGUUGGUUAUUA